AUGGACAAAUUAAGAACUCAUAUUGACAUACAGCACAAUAAGAAAAUUGCUGAGAACAUCUCCGGCGUCGUGUGUGAUGAGUGCAACACAGUCUUCCGUUCUGUCAAAUCACUCAAGGAUCACAAAAGGAAAAUUCAUGGAGCUAAGAAACACGAAUGCCCACAUUGCCAAAAGAAGUUCUAUUACGCUUCGGACCUCAAAGGACACGUAAAAAGUGUUCAUUCGAACAAGUGGUAA